AUGAGUAAGCUUUUUCCGCUUGAGGCAAACGAGAUUGAUUACGGAAAACUUGGCGACCAGAUGGCAUUACAAGUGGACCAAGGUCACGUUCCAUCUGAAGAGGGUGAAUGGGCAGCGCUUGAAGAGUUUUUAAAGCAGCAAGCAAAUGAUGCGAAACGCAGCAAAAGUGACAUGGAUAAAAUGACUAAGAUGCUCUCAGAGGUUUCUUUGACCCGCCAGAAGAGGAAGAACUAUAAUAAGAAAGGGCAAUUUGAGUGCUCAGAAUGUCACAAUAUAUAUACCCGGCCGGCAGAUGUCGAACGACAUCGAAAGACAUACCACAAUAAGCAGAAUGCUAUACCUUGCCCUGACUGUGGUGCCCAAGUUUCUCGCAAGGAUGCUCUACGGCGACACCAAAGAGAACACUGCCCAAAAAGACCUGAAUAA